AUGGUCCGCGGUUCAGAGGGCUAUUUGCAAGUUGGUGAUCAUUCUAUCCAGAUCCUCGCAGAAUGUAUUCGGGGAAACAAGCGAUCAGUAAGCACUGGCAAGCAAUCCCAGCAGCAAAACAAUGCGUGCGAUCAAGAAUGUAUGCUACAACCAGAACACGUUGAUGAUACUGAACGGUCCCGCGAUCAAUUACACUGA